AUGGCAUCCGAAGGUAUCAAAGUCGUGUUUGGAACUGCCUCAUUCGGUAAUCGUGACCCAUGGAUUGCUGAAGACUACCUCAACAAGGCCUUCUCGAUUCUCCUGGCUCACGGCUGCAAUAUUCUUGACACUGCCCAGCUAUAUGGCGAAUCGGAGAAGCGUCUCGGCGAGGUCAAGGCAGGAGAGAAGUUCGUCAUCGAUACUAAGUGGAUGGGUGGGUGGCAGCCGGGCUGGGCGACGAAGGAGAACAUUAUCAACACGGCCAAGCAGAGCAUAGAGAAGCUGGGUGUCAAGCAGGUUGACAUCUUCUAUAUUCACUCCCCCGACGCCGCUGCGCCUCUUGAAGAAACCCUCGCGGGCGUCAACGAGGUCUACAAGACCGGCGUAUUCAAACGCUUCGGCCUCUCGAACUACUCCCCCGCCGACGUGCAAAAAGUCUACGACGUCUGCAAAGCCAACAACUAUGUCCUCCCCACAGUCUACCAGGGCAACUAUUCCCCUGUGGCACGUCGACAGGAGACGGAGCUUUUUCCAACGCUUACGAAACUGAACAUCGCAUUCUACGCCUACUCGCCGCUAGCCGGAGGUUUCCUUACCAAGACCGCGCAGCAAAUCAAGGAUGGCGCGGGCCGCUUCAGCGAAGAGGCCCUCGGCGGGAUGUACCGGCAAAUGUACAUGAAGCCGUCCUACCUCGAGGCCCUGUCCAAGUGGGAACAGAUCGCCAAUGAAGAAGGCUGUUCACGCGCCGAGCUCGCCUACCGAUGGGUCACUUACAACUCGCCACUGAAGAAACAGAAUGGGGACGGGAUCAUCGUGGGUGCAAGCACGGUAGAGCAGCUUGAGCAGACGCUGAGUGGGAUCGAGAAGGGACCUUUGAGCAGCAAGGCUUGUGAGGGUAUCGAUAAGAUUUGGGAGGAAAUAAAACAUGAGGCGCCCUUGGACAACUUCUCUCGCUGA